AUGCAAGAUUUACGUCGUCAACGGCGGUUUAUUCCGCAGGUGCGCAAACGUACCACACGACGAUCAAUACGUAGUUUAUUGUUCAUUAUUCUUCUUCUAUUGACAUUGGGAGUUCUCAUUGUAUCCUUUAUAUUCAGUACAGAUUUUGAUCCCUUUUGGGAUCGCUAUAAUGAUAUUCAAAGCAAAGAUGGAUUAACAACGACCACACAUAAUAAUAAAUAUAAUUUUACUCGUUUGAGUUUUCACAUGAAUGAGGCGAUGGCCACUGCCUGGCGUACUUCUAGUGAGAGACUUAUGUUUGAGACGGAAAUAACAGUGGAGCAUCUUACUAAACCAGAGACACAUGAGGAACGGCGUGGAAUGACAUCUCAGACCUCAAAAGUAACAGCCACUUUAUAUGGAAAGAGUUCAUUAAAGUUAAAACAUACCAAACGACGAUCAUUACAUAUUCGUAGUGAGGCACCCAUUCAAUUUAUCUCUUCAAAGACUCUACCAUCAUCAUUAUUAUCAUCAUCAUCAUCAUCAUUAAAUGGCGAAAAGAGUGGGGAGGGUGUUGGUGUUGGAUUUUUUGAAAAUGAGGGAGAAAUAUCACUAAAUGAUUUUUUACUUCUUUCUUUAUGGGAAGAUACACAUCGGAUUGCAUACCGUACUUCUGUAGAUUUGUUAAAACGUUUUGAUCUUUUCUUACCGUAUGCGCAGUUAGUUGAGUUGUGUUGUUAUCCAUCCACACGGAAUCCAUCACCAGAUCAUCCCUGUGCACCUUCCCCAACAGAUCACUCCUCUAUAAAGAAUCCACAACAAGAGGGACGAACACUUGGUGUAUAUCUUCUGUUGGAGUUUCCUUCAAGGGCUAUAUGGAGACGAAUGUCUAGUGUAUUUAACGCAUUUGAAAAGGAAUUAAAAACAUCCAUAAAUGAAACUUUAGGAAUUAAAAAGAAUCAUCCUCAUUAUAAUAAUAGUCUUCAUACACUCCCUCCUGCGUUAAGACGACGUUUGUAUGAAACAGAGAUGGAACAUGCAGCCCGUCUUCAUCAUUGGCAAAAUAUGUGGAAUAGGACGAAAUUAUUUUAUAAUGGUGAUGUGGAGAUGGCAGUUCAAUUGGCAUCACGUAACUUUAUGAGUUUCCGAGAACCACGACAUGAUUUAUCACAUGUGCCUAGUUAUAAAAAGAAUAGUACUAUCUUACCAAGUUAUAGACUUGUGGAGAAAAAUCCAUUAAAGUAUGGUUUACUAACAGAGGCAACUUCAACAUCACAGUCUUUUCUGGAUCUCCCGCAGUAUAUGUCUUGGCUUGCGAUCAAUACAAUAUUACGUAAUGGUGAUUAUGAUGAUGAGGCAUUUUUUUACGGUGUAUUACAACCAACAUCACUUUCACUCUCUGGAGAAGAAAUGAAAUCCCAUGAUAUUAAACUUCCCAUACAUCUUGGUGUAAUGGGUUGGGAUUAUGAUAAUAUCUUUGCCCCUUGUCAUCGUAAAGUGUGGUUUCAAACCCCACUCAUGUAUUGUGCAGAAACCACACUCGAUCACAAUAUCCUGCGAACUCCAAUAUUACAGAAACGGUAUGUAGAGAUACUACAAUAUAUGUUACAUUAUAUAGAUAAGGUGAAGUUUCGCCGUUCUGUAGAUGUAGCGAAUAAUGAAUUACUUUCUAUACUUCAUGGAUCUCCAGGGGCAUUGCGAGCAACUUUUGAUACGGAAAAACGGGAUGAAAAUGUGGGUUUGCGAUGGAUUAUGAAUGGUUUUUUGGAUCAGCGAGGAGUUUUACUUCGUGCUUUGGCAGAACAUUUUUCUACAAAAGAAAUAAAACAAAAUAUACAAUUGAAAGGUGAGGGAAAUGAAAGAGAUACUAUUAUAUCCUUAACAGUGGAUGGAGUAUUGAGUGAUCAGAAUACAGAGAUGCGACGUGAACUACUAGGCCAACUCUCGAAAGCCGUUAAAGUGAGAACAUCUCAAAUAAAUACCCGAAAUGGUAUUGUCAUUAAAGGAGGACAACAUGCACUGGGAGAGAAACUUCAGGAAACGGAAGGGACAUAUCAUUUUCAUCUUUCUGGUAUAUAUUGUGUACGAGUAGAAGUUCCACAAUCAUUUCUUCUUGUUGGGAAAUUACUUCCUAAUCUCGCAAUGCAGUUAGAUCAAAAGAAGCUUCAUUCCCUUCUUGUGGAUAUGCCAUUAGUGGAACCCAGUUCAUUAAGAGGUGGGGCGGAAUAUGGGUUAUGGACUUUCAACAAACCUUAUCCUAUGAAUUAUCUAACUUCAACUUGUGAGAAUAACUCUAUACUUAAAAUAUUUAUGCCAUCUGUUUGGCCACAAGAAACAAAUGAAAGACGUGGUGUUUUUAUUGUACGUUUUCUUCGUACUGUAGAGGAUACAACAAAAGGGAAUGAAUCAUUUAUUUGGGUGAGGAAGAAUAUUCCUCUUGCAUCUUCUGAUGCUCCAUUAUUAAAGACAAUGAUUAUUCGUGGAUUUAGUGCUGUUCGUGUGGUUCAUAAACCGGAAUUUACUAAUUUAGACAUCCCAUCAGUUUAUGUGGCUCAUGAUAAGGAAAAUACCUUAACAGGACCAUUACUCUUUGUAAACAGUAAUACUACUAGUAGUAUGAAGAAUAAUAGUAUUAAUAAUGAAAGAAAUAGCAUUACUACUUUUCCUGAUCUUAUUAUUCCUGGAACAUCUACUCGCUAUUCUCUCUCUGAAAGAUCUCUACCAACUGCACCCCCAUCACCUCCAUCCACCUCCAGUGGCCUUAUGGAUGUACAUGGGACUAUCUUUGGUAAUCAUCUCGAAUCUGGACACACACUCAUUUGCACCAAUAUUACUAAUAAUAGUAAUAAUAAUAAUAAUAAUAAUAAUAAUAAUAAUAAUAAUGCUGCAGACCCCAAAGUACACAUUGCCCAGUGUCCUAUCUUUAUUCGUGAUGGGUAUUAUUUACACGAAGGGGCCACACUUGAAGUGGACCCCGGUUGUGUUGUGGUUUUACUCCCCGCAGCCCUCCUGCAUGUGGAGGGAGGAACACUGCGAUUUAACGGUACAAUGAAUACACCGGUGGUAGUAACAAGCGAAGCGGUACGUGAUGGCAGUUAUUGGCGGACAAUUCACUUAAAUGGUCCCACUGCUCAACUGCACGCACAUUUCACUUUUUUCACAGGAUCUGGAAUCCGUGGAGUGCGUGUAGCGGGUACAGGUAAACAUCACACCCACUCUGCUGCAAUAACGGCAACGAAUGAAGCCCUCAUCUCUCUUCAUCAUACAUUUAUGUUAGAGUUAAGAGGAGCUGCCAUCGCAGCUGGUAAAGGUGCUAUUGUGCGUGUGAUGGAUUCACUGGUGCAGUGGGCACAAUUAGGUAUUGAAUGUGUACAGUGCACCUUCACUACACAGCGCUCCGUGUGGACACACUUUCCUAGUUGGGAUGUGGUUUACAAUGAUAAUGAUAAUGAUGCCAUGUACUUAUCCGGUGGUGAGCACCGUGUAGUAGAUACUGUUAUUGCUCAUACUAAAGAUGAUGGAAUUGAUUCUGGUGCGGUUCCAUUCCGUGGUGCUCGCACUGGUAGCGAUGGGAAAGAAAAGAAUAAUGGUGGUUCUUUGAUUGUUCACAAUACUAUUAUUGAAGGAUGUAUGCAUGAGGGUGUGGCACUCUCUACGGAGCCAAGUAUGUAUCGUGAGGUGGUGAUUUCUCAUACCAUUAUUCAGUACUGUCAACAGGGUGUUGAAUUGGGAUAUACAUCUGAAAAACAUACGGGUUUUCUUACAUCUUCACUUAUUCAACACUCUGCUGUUGGAGUGCGUUUUGGGGAUAACUAUCAUUGGUCACAUUGUGAUGGUAAGUUAUUAGUGAUUAACACGACCCUUGCCUAUAAUGAAAUUAAUGCAUUAAAUUAUGAAAGAGGUAAAGGAGCACCUAAAGGAGUUGAUCACUUUUAUACUUCUACAACUUUACCAACACAAGAAUGGGAACUUCUGCAAGAGACUGCUAAGAAUUCAGCUCUUCCUUUAACAAUAACACCAUCAGGCUUGGUAUUCAUGCUUCCAGAUGUACGAACAAAUGCCACUUUAGCAAAUGAUGGGUCACAAAAAAACAGUUUGGGUAUUAUGGGAUGCGGUGAUGUCUUUUCAUUGCCUGGUAAUAAUGGCAGAUUAAUGAGAGGAGCUGAUGUUUCUCUCGUGCCUCUGGCAGAGGAGAAUUUUGUAGUGAAUGUCACUGUAUAUUUGUAG